AUUUUCUUCAUUCACCAUCCUAGAGGCACACCACCCCAUCGCAUUGUAAAACGGACAGAUAUAGGGAGUAGAGACUAGAGAGUCACCUCUUCCCUUAGAAAACACAAAUAAAGCAAACAAAAGGUGAAAAAAAAAAAUCCAAAUUCCCAUCCUUUUUUCUUUCUAUAAUCAUCAUCCUUCAAAAAAUCCCAAUCAACAAUCCAUUUUUUCAAACCCCUUGGAUGAUAUACCAGAUACCCACUUCCUUACUCUUGAACUUGAUCUGAAAUUUGCUGUUUUUGGUUCAGAAAACCUGUAGGUCUGCUUAUUUAUUGAUAGAUGCAGAUGGGAUUUCAGGCAUUCUGGGUCUUCCUGAUAUGUAAUUUUCAUCUGUGUGUUAUAUCACCUCGAUCUGUAAUGAUCAUGUAUUGUAGAAUGAAGAUAAAUUUGUUAAAUUUGUGGUUCUGCUUUGUUAUUUCUGGAUACCCUUUUUCUUCUUUUUGUUGCCUGAUCGAGUGUGCUUGUCAAUUGGAUUAUCUGAUGAUGAUUUUCCCGAUCUGGGUAUGGGGAAAGGAUAGUUUUUUCCUCCAUUUUUCCCAGGUUGUUUGAGCACAUGUGCUCAGAGUAAUAGAUAUCCCCUGUUUUUGGGGUGUGAGGGGUGGAUAUUGAUUCUGCUUGGUUGGUUCAUUUUGAUCGGGUCAAUCUGACCUUGCUGUGUGGAAAUGGGUUUACAUGAACAACAGUGUCGCUUCUGAUAUGGAAAUUCUUCUCUCUGGGUUUCUUUUGAGUGUGGAAUAUCCCUUUCAUGGGGGAGUAGUAUUCUUCUCUUCAAAGCUUUCUUCUUCCUGUGCAACUUCAAAAUUCCCACGUUUAUUCCAUUCUUUCUAUGUUUCCUGUUUCUCUGGCCUAUAAUUUCUGCCCAUCUUUGCAAUUCGUAUCGUCUAAGCUGUGUUUGUUUUUGGUUUUGGCAAAGAAUAACCAAAUGAUCUAACCAAAAAUGUGUUUGGUUUCUAUAACAUUGGAUUCUUUAGUAAAAUGAAUAGAUUGUUGAAUGAUCAUCUCAGCAUAUCAUUUUUUGUUUUUGGUGCAAAACAGUUUUCUCUUUGGGACACAAGGAGUUUUGAUGUAUAUAUGUUUUCAUCUGUAGGUUUGAGACUUGAAGUUUGCUGAUCAAAAUUUGCAUAUAAGGUAGAUAUUUUGCAUGAGGUUCUCAGUAACUAAUAAGUUGAAGUUUAGGCU